GUACCAAGUAUGGCUUCAAUUUUACCUACUUCUAAUGGAUCCAUGAGGUCUGACAGUAAUUCAUAUGUUGGAAAAAGAUUGGUUCAUGUUAAAAAUCCUUACCUGGAUUCUAUGAAUGAAGACAUUCUCUAACGCUUGGAUUUAGGAACAAAAACACACAACCUACCAGCAAUAUUUGGAGAUGUAAAGUUUGUCUGUGUCGGUGGGAGCCCCAACAGAAUGAAAGCAUUUGCACUGUUUAUGCAGAAGGAGCUUGGGUUGGAGGAAGGUGAAGAAGACAUCAAAGACAUCUGUGCUGGGACAGACAGGUAUUGUAUGUACAAAACUGGUCCUGUGCUCUCCAUCAGUCAUGGCGUGGGCAUCCCUUCCAUUUCUAUUAUGCUUCAUGAACUCAUCAAAUUACUACACUCCACUCGGUGCUGUGAUGUUACUAUUAUCAGAAUCGGUACAUCAGGGGGAACAGGGAUCACACCAGGGUCUGUUGUAAUAACAAAUACAGCCGUGGACUCCUUCUUUAAGCCCCAGUUUGAGCAGGUAGUCUUGGACAACAUAGUCACCAGAAGUACUGAGCUUGACAAGGAACUGGCUGAAGAACUAUUCAACUGUAGCAAAGAAAUCCCCAAGUUCAUUGGACAUACAAUGUAUACCUAUGAUUUUUAUGAAGGCCAGGGGCGAUUAGAUGGAGCACUGUGUUCCUUUACCAGAGAAAAAAAGUUAGAUUACUUGAAGAGAGCAUACGAAGCUGGCAUUAGGAAUAUCGAAAUGGAAUCUACAGUGUUUGAGGCCAUCUGCAGACUUUGUGGUCUAAAAGCUGCUGUGGUCUGUGUGACGCUUCUCGACAGACUUGACUCUGACCAGAUCAACUUGCCCCAUGAUGUUCUAGUGGAGUACCAGCAACGGCCUCAGCUCCUAAUCUCCAACUUCAUCAAACAGCAGCUUGGACUUCGUGACCAGAGGUCAUAA